AUGUCGCUCCAAGGUGUUCCUAAUGCUCCACGCAUGUCUUAUGUCCCUGCACUUCACCCUUUCCCUUUUCCUUCCUUCACGCCAAACACUUUUCCUCCACUGCAUCGAAAUGGAAUUUUAGUACAUUAUAACAGUGAGUGUCCGCCUCAACCCCGAAAGCUAUUUAUUGGUGGUCUGAGUCACGAAACUACAGAUGAGCAGCUUCGACAGUAUUAUUCGCAGUGGGGUACUGUGGUGGACUGUAUAGUUAUCAGGGAUCCACAGACGAAGUACUCACGUGGAUUUGGAUUUGUUACAUUCGCAACCAUACAGAUGGCUGAGGCUGCUAUGGCUGACAGACCUCACACUAUAAACAAUAAGGUGGUUGAUCCAAAGCGCGCUAUACCUCGUGAACAGAUGUCACCCCUCCUUCCUAACCAUCCUCCAUCAUUUCUGGAAAUUGAACCUGAUCCAGGAUGCAAGUUGUCUUUGUCAGGAAUACAUUGGGCAUGGCACACAGUUGACGAUUUACGACAAUAUUUCGACAAUUUCGGGACCGUUGAGCAAGUUGAAAUUUUGGGCAAUCCUAGAGGACUUGGUUUUGUUGUUUUCGAAAACAAGUCUUCAGCGGAUAAGUGUUUGGAACAUGGGAAAAUUCACAUAAUCAAUGGUCAGAAGUGUGAGAUUACUCGCAACCCAAUUGAACAUUCCAUCUAUCAACGCAAUGAUACAUAUGAUGGUAACGAUUCGGAGAUAAUCGAUGAGCAGGCUGAUUCUGCUAGCGCCAGUGGGCAUGAAACACCCGAUGACGGCUCCGUAAAAGCUCUUGAAAAUGGUUUCUCGAACAGUUUGAAUUUCGUCGAAACGGGGAAUGCUUGCACUUCUUGUGAUGUUGAUAUUGCUGAAAAAUUGAAUGCGAAUGAUGGGAAUAAGAAAGUUAUCAAAUUGUCGAAAAUAGAAAAAGAAGAUGUAAAUUCAAACUCUAUCAAAGAGAUGGGAGAUAAAAAGGAUGCGAACGAUAAGCGUAACAAAAAGAUUCCAAUAUUGAAAACUGAUAAGAAGAAAAUUAAGAAAGCAAGCAAAAAUUAA